AUGUAUAAAAAUAGCAAUUUCGUGUUGGGCAAUGCUCAGGUUCCAAGUCUUUAUCCGAUUGUUUAUUGUUCAGACGGUUUCUGCGAGCUUACGGGAUUUUCAAGGGCUCAAAUCAUGCAGAAAAGUUGCGCAUGUAAAUUUUUAUACGGACCGGAAACCAACGAUGAAAACAAAGCACAAAUCGACAAAGCAUUGGAAUGUAAAAUCGAACUUAAACUCGAAGUUAUUUUUUAUAAAAAAACCGGUGUGCCAUUUUGGUGCCUUUUGGACAUCGUCCCGAUCAAAAAUGAAAAAAGGGAAGUCGUUUUAUUUCUUGCAUCACAUAAAGAUGUUACAAAUACAAAAAUGGAAGAAAUGAAUCCUUCAUCGACUUAUGAAAACGGUAAUAUUAUUAUUAUUAUUAUUACUUUUCGAUUUUCAAUUGCAAAAACUUUCUUGACAUUUACUCAGGCAUUUUACCUAAUCGUUGAUUUAAAUGGAGAUUUAGAUCAAGAAGUACCACCGGCAAAUUACGAAAGGAGAAGAAGUCGGGCAGUUCUUUACCAACUUAGCGGUCACUACAAACAAGAUAAAAUAAAAACAAAACUUAAAUUAAACAAUACGCUUUUACAACCCACCAACGCACCUCUUCCAGAAUAUAAAACUUCCGCUCUUAAAAAAUCAAGAUUUAUAUUAUCACAUUAUGGAGUUUUUAAAACGUGUUGGGAUUGGCUCAUGUUGAUAGCAACUUUUUACGUCGCCAUUGUUGUUCCAUAUAAUGCAAGUUUUGUCACGACAGAAAGGCCUUCGAUGGUUGGCGACAUUGUCGUCGAAACGCUUUUUAUUAUAGACAUAAUAUUAAAUUUUCGUACAACUUACGUGAGUAAAAAAGGCGAAGUCGUAUCCAAUUUUAAAUCCAUCGCUUAUAAUUAUUUAAAAACCUGGUUCACCGUCGACCUCCUUGCCGCACUUCCGUUUGAUCUCGUUUUAUAUGCGUCUUCCGAUCCGUACGACAACGAAAAUUCGGAAAUACACAGUCAAACGGGACAAAUGCAUUUAUUAAAAUUAACAAGACUUUUAAGAUUGGCAAGACUUUUGCAAAAAAUGGACAGGUAUUCACAAUAUAGCGCCAUGAUACUUACAUUGCUCAUGUUUAUAUUUACCCUGGUAGCUCAUUGGUUGGCAUGCAUAUGGUUUUUAAUUGCGGAAAAAGAAAAAUCAAGAAAUGGUAUCGAUUGGGAAUUGGGUUGGCUUCAUUCCCUUGCCGAUAGAUUAAAAUUAGCCGUUAAUAACGUGACGCAAGCCGAAUAUUACGUUACGGCUUUGUAUUUUACAUGUUCGAGUUUGACGAGCGUUGGUUUUGGUAACGUAUCCGCAAAUACAAUGGUCGAAAAAAUAUUUAGCAUAUGCAUUAUGCUUAUAGGAGCAUUGAUGCACGCCGUUGUUUUCGGUAACGUCACAGCCAUCAUACAAAGAAUGUAUUCCAGAAGAUCACUUUAUCAAUCGAAAUGGCGGGAUUUAAAAGAUUUUUUAACACUUCAUCAAAUUCCAAAAGAACUCAAAGGAAGAAUGCAAGAUUAUUUUCAAACAAUGUGGUCUCUUAAUCAUGGGAUUGAUAUCCAUGAGCCUUCAAGAAAAAAAGGAUCACCUAAAGAGAGAAGAGUUGCUAUUGUAGGAAAUUCAUUGGCUGUGAAUCCAAACGAACCUGAACAUACCUGUAGUAGCGUUGAAAGACUGGAUACGCACGUAACGUCACUUCAUCAGGAUGUGGCCACGCUUAGCUUAGAAGUACGGAACGCGAUACAAGCCUUGCAAGAAUUAACUUCGAGCGGUCAUGCAAUGGCUUACACAAAUCCCGUACAUUCAAAUCCAAAUCUCGGAGGGGGAAUGGGAGGAAUGUUUUUUAGAGGUGCAACGAAUCUUCCGAGAAGUUCUUCACAUCCUCCGGAAAUGUUUUGUUGGGAUCACGAAGAUCCUAGAAAUAACACGUUAGAAGUUAAAUCGACUCAAACGGAUCAUCCGUCCGACAUGUUUGAGCAAUUCGUUAAAGAAAAUCCCCGACGGGUUUUGGUCAUUUUAGGACUCGAUGCCGAUUUAAUAAUGAGUGCAUUGAGCUGUGGUAAAAGACUGAUUAUUAGUGAGAACGCCUCUAAUUGUGAUUCUGUUUCUGUUAAUUGGGUGCCUCAAAAUUCUGUUGUGCCGUAUUAUUGGCCGAAUCCUCCGAGACACAGGUACAGUGCGGAUGAUUUAUUUGACAGAACAAGAACUCAUUACGAAGAUGGGAAAACUAUACCGCAUAGUAGAUCUGCUAAAUAUACCAUACACCACUGUUGA